UGGGAAGGCAGAGGAGGAAGGCUGCUGACUCCAGUGUGUGACCUGGGAGAGAAUGGGCUGAUCACAGACACAGGAGGACUGCUGGGGAGGAUGCAGUGUGCAGAAGAGACAGGCAGCCUGAAGAACAAAGCAUGGAUGAGGAGGAAGGGGUAGCUGGAGCUUGGAGCUGGGAUUGCCACUGUCACCAUCAUGAGAGACCGCUAAAGCCUAGGAGGCCGUCUGCAUACUACAAUACAGGUCACCGGAGUCCUUUUCACCGGUAAAGAUCAAGGAUCAGUCACUCGAAGGAAAAAGAGGAAGAUGACAGCGGGAUCAACAAGAAUCUUCCAGGACGUCUCUAUCAGGACGCUCAUCGCCUCUUCGUUCUGCUAACCCGUCUUUACCGGGGUGCAGGAGAUGAGAUUGGCCUAUGGUCAUCGCAAAACCCAAAUCCCUGCUGGUCUAUUAAUUAUCGAACAAGAACAGGCGGCAAGAACGACUCGGCUGUCUCCUAAAGAGGAUAAAUAGUCGGUGACGUGAGUUUGCGCUGUACCUAAUGGCACACUGGAGUGACAUCACAGCCUCCGCCGUCAAAGUAAUGAUUACAAAGCCAGCAUGAUAUAUUUCUGGGUGACACCUAUACACUGUAGACAAAUCCUCAUCUGCUGCAAGGUGGGAUAACCAAGCUGAGCCUUGCUGAGCUAUUUUGGGUUUGAAAACAAAAGAACUUUUAACUUUUUUAGUUAUUUAUAUCUUCAGAUUUUAUCUAUUUUUUUGCUGAAACUUCUUUUUUAAUCAGAAUCUUUUGGUAUUACAAAGAUUUGAAAGAUUGCUGCUUCUUGUUUCAUAACUUGGUCUUAGCAAUCGUUUUUCUGGAGCUCCUUUUUUUUUUCGAAAAAAAAGCGCCAUGGCGGAAAAGUGCGACUUCAUUGCUAACAUGUACGGCUACGAUUUAGGAGGCCACUUUGUGGAUUUUAAGCCGUUGGGUUUUGGAGCCAACGGGUUGGUUCUGUCGGCUACGGACAGCAAAAAUUGUCGGAAGGUGGCGGUGAAGAAGAUAACCAUCGGCGACUGUCGGAGCAUGAAGCACGCCUUGCGGGAGAUAAAGAUCAUCCGACGUCUUAGUCAUGACAAUAUCGUGAAGGUGCAUGCCGUAUUGGGGCCAAGAGGGGCUGACCUGCAGGGGGAUAUAUUUAGGUACAAUGUGGUGUACAUCGUCCAGGAACACAUGGAAACGGAUCUUGCUCAUCUUCUAGAACAAGGUCCUCUUAGCGAGGAGCAUGCCAAGCUGUUUAUGUACCAGCUGCUUCGAGGCCUGAAGUACAUCCACUCGGCCAAUGUCCUACACAGGGACCUGAAACCAGCUAACAUUUUCAUCAGUACCGAGGACCUGGUGCUAAAAAUUGGAGACUUUGGUCUGGCGAGGAUUGUGGAUCAACACUACUCACACAAGGGUUACCUCUCAGAAGGACUGGUGACUAAGUGGUAUCGAUCGCCCCAUCUUCUCCUCUCCCCAAAUAACUAUACCAAAGCCAUUGACAUGUGGGCCACCGGCUGUAUACUAGCGGAGAUGCUGACGGGACGGAUGCUCUUUGCAGGAAGCCAUGAGCUGGAGCAGAUGCAGCUGAUCCUGGACACAAUCCCCGUGGUCCAUGAGGAAGACAAAGAAGAACUUCUUAAAGUUAUGCCAUCAUUUGUUAACACCACCUGGGUAGUGAAGAGACCUCUGAGAAAGCUUCUACCAGAAAUGAACCUGGAAGCUAUCGAUUUUUUGGAGAAAAUUCUGACCUUCAACCCAAUGGACCGGCUAACAGCUGAGGCUGCUCUUCUGCAUUCUUAUAUGGGUCCUUAUUCCUGUCCAGAGGAUGAGCCCAUAUCGCUGCAUCCCUUCCGGAUCGAGGAUGAGAUUGAUGACAUCUUACUGAUGGAGGCCAGUCAGAGCCAACUGUCUAACUGGGACAGGUAUCAAGUGAGCAUGUCUUCUGACCUGGAUUGGAGACAGGGCCAUAGCCACGCCAUGAGUGAUGUUCAGCGGGACCCUCGUGCUGGAUCAGGGUCACUAGUUGAAGAAGCUCAAGUUGAUCCCCGGAAGUACUCUCAAAGUAGCUCGGAAAGAUUCCUUGAACAGUCGCACUCCUCUAUGGAUCGGGUUUUUGAGGGGGAUUGUGGAAGGUCAUGUGAAUAUAAAGUAGGAUCACCAUCCUACCUUGAUAAGUUACUAUGGCGAGACAACAAGCCCCACCAUUACUCUGAACCUAAACUCAUCUUGGAUCUUUCCAAUUGGAAAAAGACUACUAUACCACCCACGGGUGACAUUGCAUUGGGAGAAGAGCCAUCCAAUCUUUUUCUGGAGAUAGCUCAAUGGGUGAAGAGCACCCAAGCAGGACUAGAAUGUCCACCAAGUCCUGUUUCGGAGAUGCAGGAGGAACAUCAACCUUGUCCUCCUCAUCAGGAGGACCAGAGCACUAUAAACAAGGAUGCUGAUCCCUCUUUUAAUCUGGAUGUUUUUAUUACCAGGGCACUUAAAUUAUGUACUAGCCAGGAAGAAAUACCUGACAAUAAACUCAACGGGGCUUGUAUUUCUGAGCACCCAAAGGAUAUUGCACAGAAGGAAGUAUUCCAUAAAGACAGAUGGUAGAGUCGUUGGAUUUUAAAGGGUGUGAAAUUUUUUCAUAAAUAUAUUUAUGAUAAUACACUAACAUUAUAACAAUGGAA